AUGCCUUCAUUUCCUACGACUCCCUUGGUUCGGACCAGGGAGGAUGGUCUUCAGAUCAGCUACCCGCUCCCUCAUCGCAUCCACGCUGCCCAGGGCUACCCGCUUCGAGCUCCGAAUGGCUCAUCGAUCCUUGUCUAUGGCUAUGACACUGGCCUAAAAGUGGUCUGGAGGGGAGGACGACGUUUCACAGAACUCAAGACAAAAGCACCCGAAGGACGGUCCAAAGGCGCAGAAAAUCAUGCGGACGACUCGGUUAUGAUCAUUGACUCCGACGAAGAAGAGGAGCCUGAGCCAGUAAAGGAGGAUCUCAAUAUUGAAUUUGACCUGGAGGAGACUGAAGUUGACCCCAACGCUCCAUACGAGGAGAUUCUGCGACAAAUCGACAUCCCCCUUGGAAGCCGAGUGUUGGAUUUGGCAGUGCCUCGCGUUCUUCCUGAAGAAUCGCGCUCUCCCCUCGAGCCCUUCCCGCCAAUUCUGAGGUCUACCAUCGUUAUAUCUGUCGUCUGCUCUGACCUUUCAACCAAGGUCGUGACUCUACCGAUUGCUCCUCCACACCCUGCACAGUCUGACUCUAAAAGCUGGCACAUUCAAACAUUCACCGUCAAUGGAGCCACGACCCACCAAGACAUUCCUCGUGGUAUCUCUCUUACAUUCACUUGUCAUGAGUUCGAAGAUGAGAAAGACCAGCGGAAGUCGCGGGGUCGGUUUGGAUCCCAUGGGAAAUGGGAUCUGCUUGUCGCCACGCAUUCCGCAGAAGGCUGUGGUGCGUUAUUGCUGCACCGCAUCCCAAUUCGCGAAUCCUCUGGAUCGUUCUAUCUCUUGGAUGAGGAAAUCACCUCACAACGACGACUACUGCCAGCGCCCGCCCAAACAAUCGCUUUCAACCCUUCAACGUGGCCGUCUGUCCGCCAUGCCAACCUGCUUGUUGCGUUCCACAGCGGAUGUGUCAAGAUAUACUCCUGCUUCUCUGUUAAGAAGGCACCCAAAUCUGCGCGUAGGGCCUCGCUACCACAGGAAGAUUACGACGUUGUUGACACAGAGGGUCGGUGGUUGAUCUCUCUAUAUCCCGGAUUCGAGCAAGGUCCCACAGGGCUUCCUCGGCGGAAGACAAUUGUUGACGCCGCAUGGGUUCUCGGCGGUCGGGCAGUGAUGGUACUUCUGGAAGAUGGUGAAUGGGGCAUAUGGGACAUCGAAGGUGCUGGCCCCGGAGCUGCAAAGGGCCCGCUCCACCGCCAAACGAGCAUCCAAGGUGUCACUGGAGGUUCCUUGACUGCUUACGCAGUUUGUGGCCGCAUCAUGACACCACCCUCCAACAGUAACUCCGAGGCAGAGCAUCGACCGCGGUUCGCACCCAUGACCCCUUCAACAAGACGUGUUCGGGAAGACGGAUUGUUGAGGGGUUCUUCGGGCACAGCCAGCCCGUCUCACCGAGGCCAGAUCUCGGUGUUGCAGACUAAUCCUUCGUCGGACGUGCUACCCGAUGAGUCAAUUCUCCUUCGUCACGGCCGCCAGAGCGCCGUUAUUACAAGCUUACUAUCCUUGUGGCGAAAUGCCGUCAAGGCCACGGGUACCUUUGAUUCGUCUAACCGCUGCCGACUGUCCCCAUUCCAAGAUGUGAAUCUGAUGGGUCAGAAUUUCCAAGCGAUCGGCCACCUACCAGCCCCAGUACGUCGUUCUCGUGCAGCUGAGAGGCAAUCCUUCGAUGUACUUGUGGCAGCAGAGUCUCAGCUGUCAAUCCUGGCGCCGAGAUUGAAGGAGUCUGAUCACGAAGAAAACGAGUCGGCUGUGAAAGUUGAAAAUACCGAUGAAACCGAUCAGCUGAUGCUCCGACGUGGCGAGCUUGAUGUGGAGGGAAUGGGUCGUCUCCUCAAUGGCAUGGCCAACGGAGCCGGAAGUGCUUCUUUGCGCAUGGGCAGCCCCGUGAAGCGGACUCGCACCUUUGUCUAA